AUGGCAUCUGCGGUUCCCGCAGCGACGGGGCGAGAGUUGUCGAAUCCUCCAUCGGACGGCAUAACCAAUCUCCGAUUCUCAAAUCACAGCGAUCAUCUAUUGGUCUCCUCAUGGGACAAGAGUGUGCGGUUGUAUGAUGCCAGCGCCAAUGUGUUGAGAGGAGAGUUCAUGCAUGCUGGUCCCGUUCUCGACUGCUGCUUCCACGACGAUUCCUCCGGUUUCAGUGCCGCCGCCGACAACACUGUUAGACGGCUUGUCUUCAGCUCUAAUAAAGAAGAUAUUCUGGGGAGGCAUGAUGCACCUGUUCGUUGUAUUGAGUACUCGUACGCUGCAGGGCAAUUGAUCACUGGUAGUUGGGACAAAACCCUGAAAUGUUGGGACCCAAGAGGCGCCAGUGGGCAGGAGCGCACACUAGUUGGGACAUAUCCACAACCUGAGCGUGUGUACUCUCUCUCACUGGUUGGACAUCGUUUGGUUGUAGCGACAGCUGGAAGACAUGUUAAUAUCUAUGAUUUGAGGAACAUGUCUCAACCUGAGCAAAAAAGAGAAUCUUCAUUAAAAUAUCAAACCAGAUGUGUGCGCUGUUACCCUAAUGGAACAGGAUAUGCACUUAGUUCUGUUGAGGGUCGGGUUGCCAUGGAAUUCUUUGACCUCUCGGAGGCUAGUCAAGCAAAAAAAUAUGCUUUCAAGUGUCACAGAAAAUCGGAAGCUGGAAGGGACAUAGUCUAUCCUGUAAAUGCAAUUGCAUUCCACCCCAUAUAUGGUACAUUUGCCACGGGAGGUUGUGAUGGGUAUGUUAACGUAUGGGACGGAAACAAUAAAAAGAGGCUAUACCAGUAUUCAAAAUAUCCUACUAGCGUUGCCGCACUUUCGUUUAGCAGAGAUGGACGCCUGUUGGCUGUUGCAUCAAGUUACACAUUCGAAGAAGGACCUAAAAGCAACGAACCAGAUGCUAUUUUCGUUCGAAUUGUUAACGAGAUUGAGGUCAAGCCGAAGCCCAAAGUCUAUCCCAAUACUCAAGCGUGA